AUGCAGCUCAAAUACCUCCUCCUUGCCCUCUCGGCAAACAGUGUCCUCGCGAGCCUGGAAUCCUUCACUCUCAACGACGGCUCCAUCAUUGAGGCCGACACCGAGAGGAUCGUCGACGCACUCCACCCGGACAGCGAUGACAAGGCCCGCAGCUUGAAUACGCGUACAGAUGAAAACCAGCUAUUUAAACGGGACUGCCUUGACCCAGAAUAUCCCACGAUCUGUCAGGGCGGCAAUUGGUGCUGCAGGCCUAACAACAUCUGCUGCGAGGGCCGAUCCUGCGUCAACCCGGCUACCCAGAACUGCUGUCUUUAUGGAUACUAUUGCAACAAGCCGUACCAGUGUGUGAAGCGCCCUGAUGGGAGCAUUGGAUGUUAUGCGUGA